GGCGCCGGGGCCGCUGCCGGAAGCGCGGUGCCGCCGCAAGGGGGUGUGGGAGGGGGGCCUCUUUCUUUCCGGCGUCGGGCGCCAUCAGGUCCGGCAGGUAACCAAACAUGGGUGCCUACAAGUACAUCCAGGAGCUAUGGAGGAAAAAGCAGUCAGAUGUGAUGCGUUUCCUCCUUCGCGUGCGCUGCUGGCAGUACCGCCAGCUGUCUGCUUUGCAUCGCGCUCCCCGGCCAACCAGGCCAGACAAAGCUCGCAGGCUGGGAUAUAAGGCCAAGCAAGGUUAUGUUAUCUACCGUGUCCGUGUUCGUCGUGGUGGUCGGAAGCGCCCUGUCCCAAAAGGUGCAACCUAUGGGAAGCCUGUGCAUCACGGUGUCAACCAGCUCAAGUUCGCCCGCAGUCUUCAGUCUGUAGCAGAGGAGCGUGCUGGCCGGCACUGUGGGGCUCUGAGAGUCUUGAACUCCUAUUGGGUGGGUGAAGAUUCCACUUACAAGUUUUUCGAGGUGAUCCUGAUCGAUCCCUUCCACAAGGCCAUCCGCCGCAACCCCGACACGCAGUGGAUCACCAGGCCCGUCCACAAGCACAGAGAGAUGCGUGGGCUGACGUCAGCCGGGAGGAAGAGCCGCGGUCUGGGCAAGGGCCACAAAUUCCAUCACACCAUUGGUGGCUCCCGUCGCGCUGCCUGGAGGAGGCGCAACACCCUGCAGCUGCACCGCUACCGCUAGUUCUUGUCAACACAGCAGUCUAAUAAAGCUGACGUGCGUUGUUGAAUUGAA